GCUAGAAGACGACAUGGCGAUAGCAACUGAGAUUUUCGAGCGAAAAUGAGUGAGAACACGUAGCAAGUCGCAGGUGACUCGGGAUGGCGUCCUUAUUGAAAAAUCAAAUUUUGAAACAUCUGUCUAAAUUCUGUAAGAACCUGUCAACAGACAAGAUCAGCCUGAGCACGCUGAAGGGUGAAGGUGAGCUGUGUAACUUGGAGCUGGAUGAGGACAUCAUCACCGAGCUGCUGGACCUCCCCACAUGGCUCAAGAUCUCGCGGGCAUCGUGCAACAGGGUGUCCAUCAAGAUACAAUGGACAAAGUUAAAAUCACAGCCCAUAUAUUUGAUGCUGGAUAAGGUUCAGUUAGAGGCAGAGACAUGUGAGACGCCACGCCCACCUAAUAACCCCGCCCACAUGGCUAGCUACAGGUCUGGCGGGAAGUACGGGUUUGUGGACCGGGUGAUAGACGGGAUAUUUGUCCACGUGGAGUCGGUGGAGGUGAAGCUGAUGUCCCGUGCCUUCCACGCCUCGCUACAGCUCCUGAGACUUCGGGUUCAAAGCACCACUCCCAACUGGCAGCCGUCAUCAGACCUGCGCCAGACACGUAUCCGGGAUGCUGAGGGUGGGGAGAUUCUGCUCUUCAAGGAAAUCGAGUGGCAGAACAUGAAGGUCGAGGCCAACGCAAAGGAGGCUGAAACACCACAGGACGUUGCCUCCACACCGCUACGUCUCCUUGCCAACCAGGCGAAGAUCAGGAUCACCAUGAAGAAGAAACUAAGUGAUUGUAGCAUCAUAUCAACGCGGGUGAUGCUGCUGCUGGAUGACAUCCUGUGGGUGUUGACGGCGACGCAGCUGAAGGCCGCCAUCUUGUAUUCCAAUUCCCUGAAAGAGGUCAUCGAGAGAUCAGCUCAACAGAGCAAGAAAUUGGCUGCUGAAAAGUUACAGAAACAGGGACACAGCCGAACUCAGUCUGAGCAGUUUCGACAACAGCAACAGCAGCAGCAGCCCACACUCCAAACCAGGGGAUCAGCUUUUGCCAAAUACGAUGUUGCUUCGACAUCGUACCAUUUGAUCACAAGCCGUAUAGACCUGCAUCUCUGUGAUGAUAGACCAGUAGAUACAGGAUCGGACAGCGAGAAGACGUGGAAGACUGAGGGUGGUUCAAUGCAGGUCACGAUGUACAAACUGUCGGUAGACGUCUACCCCUUCCAUCCAGCAGUGAAUCCCAAUGAUGACGAAUGUGGUGAAAGAAAGCACUGGCAUCGCUACAUGGACAACAUUGGUUCUCGGAACCCGUGGGUACAGCAGCUGUUUAGUUCCUUCCGGGAUGAGGUGAUGCAGGCUCGGAAAGCCUUCAACAUUCAGUCCCCUACCCAUUCCCAGAAACCCUCCCCCCAGCACCCCUUCCCUUCCCCUCAACAUGUAUCCUCGUCUCCGCACCCCCCCCCUCUCCUCCCCAGCCAAACCCAUGCCCAGCCCUACAGCCCCUGGGUCAAGGUCACCCCAGGUUGCGGGGUCAAGGUCACCUCAAGUGUCCCCCAGCCAUCGUCCAAAGAAGAGUACCCGUCGUUGGAGAGUUGUGUUGUUGUCAAGCUGGAGGAUUUCACCAUCUACAUGGUUUCAACACCUGACAACAAGAGAACCGGACAUCCGAAAUUCUUUGCAUCAGACAAGAAGCUUCUCCAUCUGCCGGCGGACAUGUCUGUUCUUCAUCUGGAGUACACGGACUACUUCUUCCCUGAAGGGCUGGAGUCUCCAGUUCCACAUGCCAACUUGUAUGUUUUGCUGAACCCAGUGCGGCUCACAGUGGACUUUCUAACACUGCUGUGGACAAACUACUUCAUGCUCAGCCUCUCACAGAAUCUGGAACUGGACAAUAAGACGUCUGCCCGAAAAGAACAUGUAGAUAUCAAGGUGGAGGCUGUCAUGCCCAGGGUCAUCAUCCCGAAUGAGUUCCGAGGUGAAGGUCAGUCAGAGCGCCCCGAGUACCUCCAACUCCAGAUGUCAAAGAUAUGUGCCACUAAUACCCGUGUUGAGUUGAAGGCAGAGAGAUCUGACCUGGCUAAGAUUCUGGACGUAUAUGAGAAGGAGCAGCUCCUUCGGUCUGAAGGGUUCCCUCGGGACGAUUCCACAACUGCCAUCCCACCUCAUUUCCGUGCCCACGCUGAUAGCAGAGACAAUCAAUACUUUGAUAAGGGUGUGAAACAGAAGCUGUCGGAAUUCACAAGCCACGAGUUCCUCGCUGGAUCUGUUCCAGGCCAUGAGUUGUCUACCAACACUCUGAAACGGGACGCAGGAUGUGAUAUGUGGUGUGUCCUCAUUGAUCAGGUGUGGCUGGAGUUCCUCUUGUCCCUCAGUUCCAAAAGUCGGCCACAACCUUUUGUUGAAGCAUUCCCUCUGGCUCUGUGGAUAUGUCAACCACACAGUCUUGAGAAAUCCAACUGUGCCAAAGACUCCUUUAAAGAUUUCAAAUCCAGCAAUCCUGGUCACAAAGGUGUGAAUGAGGUAAAGUCUGAUGAAGGAGAUCGAGAUAAACGUCCUCAGAGGCUUCUUCUGAAACAAUACUACAGCUGUGAUUCUGAUGAUGAAGGUCAUGCUAAAGGUGAUGAAGGGGAGACAGCCAAGGAUGGAUCUAUCUGUGAUAAUGACAAAGAGAAACCAGCAGUGAAUGCCAAUAACUUAAAAGAAGAUGUGCAAUAUUCGGACUGCCAUGUUGUGGCAUCUGUCGGAGGCAAGCUACGAAUUCAGCUGAAUCACCUUCAGUAUGUUCUCCUGAUGCGACUCAAUGAGUCUUUUUCCAAAUUCCAAACCCAGAUAAAUUCUGACCUGUCGAGCCUGGGAUCCAAGGACUCUAUGAGCAUGUGUGUCCCCCUUGUGUUGCCCCAGAUUGAGUUUGCUGCAGUAUGUCCUUGUCUGAUCAACCAGCGGUGUUUCCCGGACGACUUCUCCAGCCCCGUCUCCCCCUUGGACAAGCUGUCUCAUCUCACCAUGCCGGCCAGUAAAGAGUUUGCUAAUGCAGACUACCCUCGCAUUGAAUUUACAGAGUCUGACAUGAACCUGCCGAGUGACGUCCCGAGCAGUCCCAACAUGAUGAUCACCAAGUCCAUGAGUGACUCCACCAUCCAGUCCCACUCCAACGGGAUGCUCAGCCACUCUGAAAGUACCUCUGACUUCGAGAGGAAGUCUUCCUCCGGCAACCCCAACCCCCACCUCUGCAGCGGACAGCCAUCUCCGCCCUCACUAUCUCCGGCACCACCAACGACGACGAGGACUCCACUGUCUCCUCUCGCUCCUACGGCAUGGAUUCUGGCAUCAGCAUGGACAGCCGCCGCAGCACUGGAGUGGUACACGAAGGCACAGCCACAGAUGAAGAAGGCACUUUCUUCAGUUUCAUCUGCUUUUUCGAGUUUCACGGACAAACUGAAGCUGAAGACGGAUGACGACAUGUUGUCAGUGUCAGAUGACCUUGAAACAAUGUCAAUAAAAACGGACAUGUCGUCUGAUGACGAGUUUGAGCAUCUGACAUUUGAGGAUUCAGAGGUGCCGGCAUUUUGUCACGAUCCGCCUUCAGAUACGGCGUCCACUACUGACACCUACAGCGACAUGGCUGAUGACACCUCCAGUGUCUACGCAGAAAGCUCAUCAACGCGGGGAAAGGAGAUUAUAUCGAUAGUGCUGUUUAAACUGGACACGACAGAGGUGUUGAUGACCAGCAGUGACAAGGGGAUGACCGUGGCAGCACAGGUGUCCAAACUCCUCACCUGCCAACCAGGCAACAUCAGCGCAGAGGACUUCCACGCCAAGUUCUCCAGUCAGAAAGGAUUCUUUCAAGACAACACCCUGUCACCAAGUCACCCAAAGACGUUUCCGUACACCGUGCAGUAUCGCGCUGACACAACAACAACUCCAAACUCUGCUCUCCUCACUGUGAGGAGCCAUGACUCCAGCCUCAGUUUCAAAAUGUCCAGUCUGAUGUCACUGUCAGAGUUCGUCGAGGAGGAGAAGCUGUCGGAGCCGAUACCGAUGGUGGUGGACGUCCACAACCUCCUCCUCAUCCUGGAGGAGGACCGGCCAUCCAGCAACCCUGUGUCACCCGGAGCCAUGCCCAUCGACCUGCAGAUACACAAGCUGACCAUCAGGAGGGGAUCAGAUGGCGUCUUCCACUUAUCAGGAGGGUCAAUAGAGUCAGCUCCCCUUGGAAUGCAGUCACUUCAGCCCAUAGCAGCACUGAAGGGAGGCAACUCUCCAUCUCACACAUCAGAUACAUCACCAGGGAAAGAAUCGGAGGAAAUGUCCACACCUGUGUUACAUCUGGAACAGUUCCGGCAGGUGCAGAUGGACAACAUGGAACUCCGUCGUCAGAUCCAGGAGUACCAAGCGCAGCAGAAGACAACAGAAAAACAUCUCACCCAGUUGAGAGCAGGGAUGGAGUUCAUGGAAAAACUCACCAGUGAAAAUGAAACUUUAAAACAGAAAUUAUCCGAAUAUGAUCUCAGCAAGGAAGAUGAGUCAACGAAUAGAUAUGAGAUGGAGAACUUGCAGUUACAGCAGAAGGUGGCACAGUUGGAAGAGGAGAUUGUCAACAUGACCACCGAGCGGGACUCGCUGUUCGCCACUCUCAAACUGCUACAGGAUGAUCUCAUGGCCUCCGAAAAACGACAUCGAAGCCACACAACAGCAUCAUAGUUUUGUGUAUCUUGUGUGAAAGACGAGUAGAUGACGAUUGAAUUUGUGACAGUCUGUGUCAAACUUGGAUUACUCCGUGUUUGAUUAUGUUCAUGUUGAUCUUACACGUGAAGUUGUAAGAUAGGACAUGGCAAUAUUGUGUGAUGUUUACCAUGAGGCUUUUCAUAUGAUACAGGACCAUCUGGAGAAAGGAGUGCAGUGGAAUCUUGAAGAAUUAACGUGGCAGUCACAUUGGAUUUUUUAUUAAGACCUUCGGCCAGGAAUGUGUCUAACAUUGCAAACUAAGUGGAAUUUUCAAACAAAAUUGGAUAAAUCAUUCAAAAUUGUAGUUUCUAAAUUCUUUAUUUGUCUUAAGUUAUGAGGAAUUGCAAAAUCAUAGAUUUAAAUUAGCACAGUCAUUUGCUGCAGACUUGAGACCAAAUAUCAGUCUCUGAGCAGUUCUGGAUUAGCCCCGAUCUUCUAAUAUUUACACUAGUGUAUCAUUUUGGUACUUAUGUAUCAUGAUACAUACUAUACUGUACAAGUGUCAUGUAUGUACAUCAUGAUGGCUUUGUAUUACAAGAAAUACAAUCCUGUAUCAUAUCAUUAGCUGCGUAUCAUGAUACAUAAAAUAUUGUAUCAUAUCGGUAGCUACAUAUCACAAUACAUAACAUGUAUUGUUAAAUCAGGCGAGUGUCCAAGUGAAAGUUUUAUCCAGAAUCUGUUCAUCGGAGUUGAAAUUUUAAUCGCUGAUAUCUAAACUCAGACGUGACCUCCAAACAGUUCAGAAUAUAAAGAAGUCAUUACUUCAGGACAAUUAUUAGUUUUCAAGAUUAUCAAUCAGAUUUCCUUCGAAAGAUAUCAUUUCAUCCUUUUACCUGUUCCUCAAAUAGGUGAGUGAGAGAUUGUUGAUAACAUCACUCAGCUAUCUGCUGCUGUCUGACGUCUGUCAUGUCAGUUGGUGAAGGUGAAGAAAAGUGGAACAGGUUAACAAAAUAACCAAAUCUUUUGUGAUAUAUUUUGUUCUCGAUAUGAAAUGAAUGGGUUUUGAUUUUCAUGAAACAGGAAAACAAAGGUUUUUGUAAUGUUGCCACAUGUUCAUUCAUUACUGAUAGAGCAACAACAGUGUGUAACUAAUAUAAGGCCAUUCUACUGAUAAUUGCAGCCUGGUAACUGAAGUGCUCCGCUUGACUUAACUUUGCUUUCUCUAAUGAAUUUGAGUGGAGAGUGCAGAAUAAAUUUGUUUUCCAUUUAUGAAAGGAGCUGAUAGAAUCUUGUCAUUUUCAGUCUGAAAGCCAAAGUAUUGUUGACUUGCUAGGAAGUUAUAUUUUUCUGUGUUUGUGGGGGAUGGAUACAGUCUGAAGGCAGCAGCUGGUGUUCUAUGAUGACAGGGGGAAGGAUAUGAUGACUUAUGAAUAUCAGAUAUGAAUAUCAGAAUAUGGAGUGACAAGAUUUGCACAGUGUGGUACAUCAUCGAGGUGUAGCUAAACGGAUUGAUAAUCUGAAAUAUUAUAUAGAUUAAUGAUAUACAUAUUGUAUCAUCCAUAAUAUCAUACAUAAACUAUUGUGAUGAAAUAUAGUUUUAAUUUACUUAGACAAUUCACAAAGUUAGGUCUCUAUUCACGGGCUGCUUCCAAAUCAGGUUCAAGAUGGUGUUUUGUUACUAAUCCAAACAUAAGUAUGUGAUCAUCAUCAGUGAUGUGAAAUAUAAUUUCUUUCAAAUAUUAUUGUCAUUUUUGCUUAGAGUUACUACUCUUGAUAUUAAUUGAUAACUGAUCAAUAUUCAGUCAACGAUUAUCAGUCUCUAUGAUCUAUAUUGAUAACUGAUCAAUAUUCAGUCAACACUUAUCAAUCUCUAUGAUCUCUAUUGAUGACUGAUCAAUAUUCAGUUGAAAAUGAUCAAUCUAUAUCAUCUAUAUAGAUAGCUGAUCAAUAUUCAUUGACAAUGAUCAAUCUAUAUCAUCUAUAUUGAUAAGCAGUCCUAACAUUACAUCAAAGACACUGAUUCAUCUGCCGUCGCUGAACAAUUUGUGAAGAUCAACUGGCAUAUUUCUAUCAUUUUACAACAAACAGCUUUUCCCAUUCAUUGUUAGAUAGCUUUACGGAACAGUUGCCUGUGCAGAUAUACAAUAUCAGCAUUGAGACAAUAAGUUAUCUUCUCAGAAAGAGGAUCAACUAAUAAUUACGUGUACCUUUACAAUUUGUUUCAUGCCGUCUUGAGUCAGGCCUAAUUGGCAUUUCCUGUACAAUCAAUAUAGGUGCUGUGUAUGGGAGGCCUGACUUGUUGGACUAUGUUGGUUUUCUUCAUAGGGAUUGUCAACAUGAUGCUUAGUUAAAUCAGAUAUUUCCUUGUUAUUUCAUACAUUGAAAACUAUUUUAAUCUGAAUGGCCAGUCAAGAAAAUAUUUUCAAACCCAUUUACAGUUUUUAAUCCAGUGGAUUAAAUUAGAAUAGAUAUGGUCAGGUGGCAAAAUGUUUUUCUUCUUAGGGUGAAGUAUAGAAGUAUAUGUUUCAGUUUUUUGUUCAUACUAUUUAGCCCUGUAGUAAAUAUUUUCUAUUUAUGAUGAAUUAAGUUUCUUAAUGUCUGACUGAAUACUGGUGAUUUCAUUUCUCAAUUUUCUGUGGGAGGAUGUCCUGCCUGUGAUGUCAUCAUUCACUGUGAUGUCAUCAUUCACUGUGAUGUUAUCAUUCACUGUGAUGUCAUCAUUCAUUGUGAUGUCAUCAUUCAUUGUGAUGUCAUCAUUCAUUGUGAUGUCAUCAUUCAUUGUGAUGUCAUCAUUCAUUGUGAUGUCAUCAUUCAUUGUCUGAUGACAUCGUUCUUUCAACAGUGAUGUCAGUGUUUUGUUAAUGUUAUCUUUGUUAUGUGUACCAGUUAGUGAAUAGUAAUGAAUGUUUGACCUUGUGAUUGAUACACCAGUAGACACACCACACAGACCGCGAGACAUAUGGACGUUACACUUCACAGCUAUGCAAGUCUCUGUAGAAUACAUAGGCAGUCAGGUAGUGGGACAUUUUCUGGUAUAAUGGAAAUCCUUUAGAACUGCAGAAUUGAGAAUGCUGAUGUUGUAUUUCAAGAAUUUGUUUAGAAAAUUGAGCAACUUUCGUCAGAGCAUGUAGCCCUUCCGUUAUUAAUGGUGACUUGUUUGUUUUUUCUUGGUUCAGUGGUAGCAGCUCUGUAGUUCCAGCCCUACAUGUACUGGAAUCAUGUGAUUGGUUUUAAUCCCUGAGUCACCUGUAUGGUUCCUGGUUUCUCAGCACCAAACUUUGCUCCUGGAUUUUGAAAAAAAUGUGAUAUGUCCAAAACUUGCUUCUCUCCUUUCACACAAGCUUACAUUUUAUAUUACUGGGAUACCAUUUACAGGUGAUCUUAUCAGUUACCCUCCUUUCAUAAAAAAUAACUAUAAUAACAGUUAUAUUCUGCUUGAGAAGCACAGAACUCCAUAUACAAUCUAUGGUCAAAAGUCUGCAUUUUAUACUGAGGGAAACAAAUAAGGGAACACCACUUCAUCACAGCAUUCCUCUAUAUAAUCUCAGAUUCUCACCCACAGUUCCAUAGAAAGCUUGCGAAGAAACCUGGAAAAGAAUAAAGGAACACUUGUGCUUUCAUGUGUUCCCUUAUUUGUUUCCCUCAGUAUAUUUCCCUGGCCAAAGGAUCAGUGUGCACUCAGUUUGCAGUUCUUCACUCCCUUUAACCAAACCUAAUGUGAGGAACUGGAAUUGUUGUCAGUCACGUUACCUUUUCAUCCUUCCAGGUACCCAUUUACUGCAAGGUGACCAGAAGCAUGUUUCAAACAACAUCACUUGCCCAACACAAAUGAUAGUGUGUGUUUAGUUUUACGCAACUUGACUUUUAGCAAUAUUGCAACAAUAUCACGGCGGGGGACACCAGAAAUGGGCUUCAUACAUUGUACCCAUGUGGGGAAUUGAACCAGGGUCUUCAGCGUGAUAGGCGAACGCUUUACUCGGCUACCACAACGCCCCCACAAACGAGCAAGUAGAAUGCGAUUUAAUGUUUCUGAUACAUGUCUGUAAAAGAUUGCUCAAUUUCUUCAACAAAUUUUGAUUUUUUUUCCAAUUGUGCAGAGCUAGUGUUUCUUCCCUAUGUAGUUGUGUUUGUGUUGCCUCCCUUUGUUUACAACUGUCAGUAUUGCCUGGCUGGUCAGAUCUUCAUGCUCAUUCAUAUCCCAGUGCCACGCCUCUUUUUUGUUGAAGUUUAAAUUAUGAUUUAUAUAUUUACUUUUUAUAAAGUGUUUACUUAUUGUCUAUGACUAUAAUGCAGGUGACAUAAUGAUAUCUACGGUACUUCAUAAGAUGGCAGUGAAGGUUAAGUGCCAUACGUGAUAUAGCAAUGUAAUCAUGUGUUCCAUCUUAUUAGCGUCUUUGUUAUUGUUAGGCGAGGUAGUUCAGGUAGAGUAAGUGAAGUGUGUUAUUGUGUAUGAAAUACUUGUAUACCAUAUUUGUAGAAAUAAAUAUCACGAUACAUCAUUGUGUGCGUAUAGAAGA